AUGGCUGAUACCCUGGAUGAGUCCUCACGCUACCUGGGCCCGGCGGCUGACCACACUGAGCCCUUUCCUCUUCUGUGCCAUUUGUGGGCUGGCUUAGUUCGGGACCGGGCAACCGGCGACCCUCGCCCGUCGUGCACUAGCUCGGGAUCGGACCCCUAUUGGUGCAGACUGGGAGCCCUUGGGCAUGCCUGCUGGGGGCGGUCGUGUGCGCUGGUGUACAAGGGGCACGGAUUAAGCGCUGGGUUGCGCGAGGAAGCAGGUGGGAAGGGCACGGGGGGCGUAUGUCGCUGGGCUCAGUGGCUACCGCGACACGUCCGGUGUCGUUUCCGGCCCCGGUUACCUUCUACUGCCGCGUCCGGGGCUAGUCUGGAACCUUUCCCCCUCCAGGCGCGCCCUCCCCCACCAGACGUAAUCGCCCCGUGGACGGUGGGGCGUGUACAGCUUGCCGCCCUCCCCUUUUCUUCCGAGGGUUCUAUUGCCACGGCUCUUCAUCAGGACCUCGACCCAGCGGCUCUGGCGAGUGGGCCGCCCCUUUCAACAGCGCCUACAUCUCUGCCGCCUGUGGCGUCAGAUAGCCGCUGGUCCGCAACGGCGGUGUGCUGGUUUAUACCGCGGUCGCAGCUGCACCGGUCACCGGCCCGACAACCAUGA